AUGAAAUUAUUCGUCACUGGAAUUAGUACGGACGUAGGGAAGACAAUUGUAUCGUCCAUUCUCGUAGAAUCCCUACAAGCUGAUUACUGGAAACCGAUUCAAUCGGGGGAUUUAGAAAAUUCGGAUUCCCAUAAACUCAAAAGACUGAUCAGUAACUCAAAAACUCAUAUUCACCCAAAUAGUUAUGCCCUAAAUACACCAGCUAGUCCCCAUGUUGCAGCAAAACUUGACCAAGUUACAAUUGAUGUAAACUCUAUUGUUACGCCAGGAACUGAAAAUCCUCAUAUGGUUAUUGAAGGUGCAGGAGGAGUUUUUGUACCUUUGAAUGAUAAAGACAUGAUCAUUGAUAUAAUUCAACAAGAUUAUAAAGUUGUUAUAGUGUCAAGAAACUAUUUAGGAAGCAUCAAUCACACUUUGUUGACCAUUGAAGCUCUUCGGAACAGAAAUAUUUCCAUCGCCGGAAUCGUAUUUAGUGGAACCGAAAAUCCUGAAACGGAAAACUGGAUUUUACAAUAUUCUAAACUUCCUUGUAUUGGGCGAGUAAACGAAGAAAAUUAUUUUGAUAGGUCUGCAAUCUCCAAAUAUGCCGACUUGUUUCGUCCCAACAUAAUGACCCUAUGA